AUGAUAGCUUUCAUAAACAUCGCCUUUCUAGUUGCUCUGUUCCUGCUCAACUCAGAUCGCACUCAGAAAGCCAUUGAGAUAUGCAGCGAAUGUUUGAUUUUGCUAAAUGGCACCGAUCAAAACAGCAAAGACCUAUUUAAUUCACUACUGCUGCAAUUUUACAGCGCCUUCAAUUUACUUCUUUUCAGCGCUUAUUGUCUUAUCUCUGACCAUAAAAGUGCGGAAAGAUACGGCAGGAAACUGCUUGUCUUAUACAGCGAGUCUGGUGACUUAGUAAAAGAAGGAAAUGUAAGCUUAGCUCUAGCAGAAAUAGUUGAGGGUCAAAACAGGUUUACAAAUGCCAAACAACUUUACAAAAAAGCACUUAAUAUUAAGAGACAAACUGGUGAACAAAUUGGCGAAGCAAGAGCCUUCGCAAGAUUCGGAAUUGUGCUUUAUAAACUUGGCGAGAACCUAAAAGCGAAGGAGUAUGUUGAGAGGGCCCUUGCCAUAGCAACCGAAAUUGGCGACAAAGAGGGAGAAGCAUCCUGUUGCGAAAACCUGGGAGCAUUGCUUCAUUCGCGCGGGGAAUGCGACACGGCUAAACAGUAUCUCCAAAGAGCGAUUGUCAUCAGAACUGAAAUUGGCGACAGAGAAGUAGAGGCAACUGACUACGGAUCUCUUGGUUCUGUGUUUCAGUCGCUCGGGCAAUACCACAAGGCUAAAGAGUAUCUCCAAAAAGCGCUUGUCAUCAAAUCCGAAAUCGACGAUAGAAAAGGAGAAGCAUCAUAUUAUGGAAACCUUAGAACUGUGUUUCACUCUCUUGGGCAAUGCAACAAAGCUAAAGAACAUCUCCAAAAAACGCUUGUCAUCAAAUCUGAAAUUGGCGACAGAGAUGGAGAGGCAACUGUCAACAGAAACCUAGGUACUGUGUUUCACUCUCUCGGGCAACACGACAAGGCUAUAGAGCAUCUCCAAAAAGCGAUUGUCAGCAAAUCUAAAAUUGGCGACAGACAAGGAGAAGCAUCAUGUUAUGGAAACCUCAGAACUGUGUUUCAGUCACUCGGGCAAUGCAACAAGGCUAUAGAGCACCUCCAAAAAGCGAUUGUCAUCACAACUGAAAUUGGCGACAGAGAGGGAGAGGCAACUGUCUACGUAAACCUAGGAACUGUGUUUCAGUCGCUCGGGCAAUGCAACAAGGCUAUAGAGUAUCUCCAAAAAGCUAUUGUCAUUAAAUCUGAAAUUGGCGACAGAAAAGGAGAAGCAUCAUGUUAUGGAAACCUAGGAACUGUGUUUCAGUCGCUCGGGCAAUGCGACAAGGCUAUAGAGCAUCUCCAAAAAGCGCUUGUUAUCAAAUCCGAAACUGGCGACAGAGAAGGACAGGCAACUGACUACGGAAACCUAGGUGCUGUGUUUCAGUCUCUCGGGGAAUACGACAAGGCUAUAGAGCAUCUCCAAAAAGCGCUUGUCAUCAGAACUGAAAUUGGCGACAGGGAAGGAGAGGCAACUGACUAUGGAAACCUAGGAACCGUGUUUCUCUCUCUCGAGCAGUACGACCAGGCGACAGAGUAUCUCCAAAAAGCGCUUGUAAUCAAAUCUGAAAUUGGCGACAAAAAGGGAGAAGCAUUAUGUUAUGAAAACCUAGGAUCUGUGUUUCAGUCGCUCGGGCAAUGCGACAAGGCUAUAGAGAAUCUCCAAAAAGCGAUUGUCAUCAAAUCUGAAAUUGGCGACAGAAAAGGAGAAGCAUCAUGUUAUGGAAACCUAGGAACUGCGUUUCACUCUCUCAGGCAGUACGACAAGGCUAAAGAAUGUAUUCAAAAAGAGCUUGCCAUCAGAACUGAAAUUGGCGACAGAAAAGGAGAGGCAAAUGAAUACAGAAACCUAGGAACUGUGUUUCACUCUCUCGGGCAACACGAAAAGGCAUUAGAGCUUCUCCAAAAAGCGCUUGUCAUCAGAACUGAAAUUGGCAACAGAGAAGGUGAGGCCGUUGAUUACGGAAUCCUAGGAACUGUGUUCUGCUCUCUCGGGCAACAUGACAAGGCUAUAGAGUAUCUCCAAAAAGCGCUUGUCAUCAAAUCUGAAAUUGGCGACAAAAAGGGAGAAGCAUCAUGUUAUGAAAACCUAGGAUCUGUGUUUCAGUCGCUCGGGCAAUGCAACAAAGGAGAAGCAUCAUGUUAUGGAAACCUAGGAACUGCGUUUCACUCUCUCAGGCAAUACGACAAGGCUAAAGAGUGUCUUCAAAAAGCGCUUGCCAUCAGAACUGAAAUUGGCGACAGAAAAGGAGAGGCAAAUGACUACGGAAUCCUAGGAACUGUGCUCUACUCUCUCGGGCAACAUGACAAGGCUAUAGAGUAUCUCCAAAAAGCGCUUGUUAUCAAAGCUGAAAUUGGCGACAAAAAGGGAGAAGCAUCAUGUUAUGAAAACCUAGGAUCUGUGUUUCAGUCACUCGGGCUAUGCGACAAGGCUAUGGAGUAUCUCCAAAAAGCGAUUGUCAUCACAACUGAAAUUGGCGACAGAAAAGGAGAAGCAUCAUGCUAUGGAAGCCUAGGUACUGUGUUUAAGUCGCUCGGGCAGUACGACAAGGCUAAAGAGUAUCUCCAAAAAGCGCUUGUCAUCUCAACUGAAAUUGGCGACAGAAAAGGAGAGGCAACUAACUAUGGAGACCUAGGUACUGUGUUUCAGUUGCUCGGGCAAUACAAAAACGCUAAAAAGCAUUUCCAAAUAGCGCUUGUAAUUAAAUCUGAAAUUGGCGACAAAAAGGGAGAAGCAUCAUGUUAUGAAAACCUAGGAUCUGUGUUUCAGUCGCUCGGGCAAUGCAACAAAGGAGAAGCAUCAUGUUAUGGAAACCUAGGAACUGCGUUUCACUCUCUCAGGCAAUACGACAAGGCUAAAGAGUGUCUUCAAAAAGCGCUUGCCAUCAGAACUGAAAUUGGCGACAGAAAAGGAGAGGCAAAUGACUACGGAAUCCUAGGAACUGUGCUCUACUCUCUCGGGCAACAUGACAAGGCUAUAGAGUAUCUCCAAAAAGCGCUUGUCAUCAAAUCUGAAAUUGGCGACAAAAAGGGAGAAGCAUCAUGUUGUGAAAACCUAGGAUCUGUGUUUCAGUCGCUCGGACUAUGCGACAAGGCUAUGGAGUAUCUCCAAAAAGCGAUUGUCAUCACAACUGAAAUUGGCGACAGAAAAGGAGAAGCAAUAUGUUAUGGAAAGCUAGGAACUGUAACGCACUCUCUCGGGCAAUGCGACAAGGCUAUGCAGUAUUUCCAAAAAGCACUUGCCAUCACAACUGAAAUUAGCGACAGAGAUGGAGAGGCAUUUUGCUACGAAAACCUAGGUAUUGUGUUUUGCUCCCUCGGGCAGUACGACAAGGCUAAAGAGUAUCUCGAAAAAGCGCUUCUCAUUGCAACUACAAUUGGCAACAGAGAAAGAGAAGCAUUAUGUUAUGGAAGCCUAGGUACUGUUUUUAAGUUGCUCAGGCGAUACAACAAGGCUAAAGAGUAUCUCCAAAAAGCGCUUGUCAUCGCAACUGAACUUGGCGACAGAAAAGGAAAAGCAUCAUUUUAUAGUAACCUGGGUACUGUGUUCGAGUCUCUCGGGCAAUACGACAAGGCUAUAGAACAUCUCCAAAACGCGCUUGUCAUCACAGCUAAAAUUGGUGACAAAAAAGGAGAAGCAUCAUGUUAUGGAAGCCUAGGUACUGUGUUUAAGUCGCUCCUGCAGUACGACAAGGCUAAAGAGUAUCUCCAAAAAGGCGCUUGUCAUCUCAACUGAACUUGGCGACAGAAAAGGAGAAGCAUCAUGUUAUGGAAGCCUAGGUUCUCUGUUUAAGUCGCUCGGGCAGUACGACAAGGCUAAAGAGUAUCUCCAAAAAGCGCUUGUCAUCACAACUAAAAUUGGUGACAGAAGAGGAGAAGCAAUAUAUUAUGGAAACUUAGGUACUGUAUUUCACUCUCUUGGGCAAGGCAACAAGGCUAAAGAGUAUCUCCAAAACUCGCUUGUCAUCAAAUCUGAAAUUGGCGACAGAGAAGGAGAGGCAACUGUCAACGGAAACCUAGGUGCUGUUUUUCACUCUCUCGGGCAAUGCGACAAGGCUAUAGAGCAUCUCCAAAAAGCGCUUGUUAUCACAACUGAGAUUGGCGACAGAAAAGGAGAAGCAUCAAGUUAUGGAAACCUAGGUGUUGUGUUUUGGUGUCGCUGGCAAUAUGGCAAGGCUAAAGAGCAUCUCCAAAAAGCGCUUGUCAUUAGAACUGAAAUUGGCGACAGGAAAGGAGAGGCAACUGACUGUGGAAACCUUGGUGCCGUGUUUCAUAACCUCUGGCAAUACGACCAGGCUAAAGAACAUCUCCAGAGAGCACUUUUCAUCACAACUGAAAUUGGAGACAGAAAAGGAGAGGCAGCUCACUACGGUAGCUUAGGUAACGUGUUUGGGUCUCUCGGGCAAUACGACAAGGCUAUAGAGCAUCUCCAAAACGCGCUUGUCAUCACAGCUAAAAUUGGUGACAAAAAAGGAGAAGCAUCAUGCUAUGGAAGCCUAGGUACUGUGUUUAAGUCGCUCGGGCAGUACGACAAGGCUAAAGAGUAUCUCCAAAAAGCGCUUGUCAUCUCAACUGAAAUUGGCGACAGAAAAGGAGAGGCAACUAACUAUGGAGACCUAGGUACUGUGUUUCAGUUGCUCGGGCAAUACAAAAACGCUAAAAAGCAUUUCCAAAGAGCGCUUACUAUCAGUACUGAAAUUGGUGAUAAGCAAUGGGAAGCAGCAGAUCUUGCAAACCUUGGAUUUGUGUCUAGAACUGUUGGAGAUUAUGAAGCUUCAGAAGUAUGCUUGGUGAAAGCCUUAUCCAUAUCCAGAAAUAUUGGAGACAGACGAAGCGAGUUCCAAAUCCUUCGAGAAUGCGCCAUUUUGUAUUUACUUCAAAAUAAAAUCAGAGACUCCCUUUCGUGUCUUCAACUGUGCAUUGAAAAAUAUGAGGAGCUAAGACAUUUGUUGGGCGCCAAUGAUGAGUUCAAAACAUCAUUUCUGGAGGCUUCAGGAAUAUUUCCCUACAAGCUGCUUUGUAGUUUGCUUUGUGUCACCAGAAAAAUUCGUGAUGCUCUUUAUGUUGAGGAGUUGGGUCGAGCUAGAGGCCUCUCAGACUUGAUGGCAGAAAAGUACUCGGUUCAAACGCACAUUUCUGCUGAUCCACAAUCUUGGUUUGACAUUGAGAACAUUUUUAGAAAGGAAAAUAACUGCACUUGUCUGUACAUUUCUUAUUUUCACGAUCAUCUGCGUUUGUGGAUUUUGAAAACAAAUGGAGGCCUUCACUUUAAAAGGAUAUCACUAGAAGAGACUCUAGCUAAGGCUGGGUUGCCCAAAGAUUUGCCUUUGAGUCAAUUUUUGGCUGAUAAUUUGCGCAGUCUUGGUAUUUUGCCCAUUGCAGAUUGUGAAGAUCGGUCUUUAGAUAUGGUUGAAUUGCAACCUCUCUUCCCCAAACAAAAGAACUCGGCAAGAUUGCGACUCGUAGAGGAGGACGAGAACGACGGAGUCACUUCAAGUUUAUCUUUGUGUUACAAAAUCUUUAUUGCCCCCGUUUAUGAUUUUCUUGAGGAGCCUGAAGUCAUUAUUGUUCCUGACCGCAGUUUAUACAAAGUUCCCUUUGCUGCCCUGAGUGAAAAAGAGGGAGCCGAAUACAUGUUGGAGACCCAUAGGAUCCGUGUCAUUCCUUCUUUGACAACACUCAAGAUCAUUCAAGAUAGUCCAGAGGACUAUCACAGCAACACUGGUGCCUUGAUAAUAGGCAAUCCCAAGGUUGAUUGGCUGCUGCCAUUGCCAGGUGCAAGAAAGGAAGCGGAGAUGAUUGGACGACUGGUGGGUGUUCCGCCUCUGGUAGAGGAGAAAGCAACGAAGCAGGCGGUGCUUGAGCGGAUAGGUUCAGUGAGCCUGAUACAUUUUGCUGCCCAUGGUAACGCCGAAAGGGGAGAAAUUGCCCUCUCCCCCAUUCCUAUUUCCAACAGUCAAAAUGCUAUCCCACCACAGGAAGCUUACAUGUUGACGAUGGCUGAUGUCUCACGAGUGAAAGUCAGAGCUAAACUGGUGGUACUUAGCUGCUGUCACAGUGGAAGUGGACGGAAAAGAGCCGAGGGAGUUAUAGGAAUUGCCCGUGCGUUCUUAGAAUCUGGUGCUCGCUCGGUGUUAGUUGCGCUGUGGGCCAUACCAGACUUAGCAACGGAGCAGCUGAUGAAUCGGUUCUACAAACACCUUGUUGAAGGAGAAAGUGCCAGUGAAUCCCUUCAUCAGGCCAUGAGGUGGAUGAGAAAAAACGGCUUUACCAAAGUGUCUGAGUGGGCUUCGUUUACGCUGAUUGGAGAUGAUGUGAGGCUCGAGUUUGAGAAGCAGAGGUAA